UCGGAGCAGCGAGCGCCGCGCGCCCAUGGCGAGCAACAACACGGCGAGCAUCGCCCAAGCGCGCAAGCUGGUGGAGCAGCUCAAGAUGGAGGCCAACAUCGACAGGAUAAAGGUGUCCAAAGCGGCGGCCGACUUGAUGGCGUACUGCGAGGCACGCGCCAAGGAGGACCCGCUCCUCACGCCCGUGCCGGCCUCCGAAAACCCCUUUAGGGAGAAGAAGUUCUUCUGCGCGAUCCUGUAACGCCGCGAGGAGCCUGCCCGGCGCGGGGCCGCCCUGAA